UCAUGGGCCUAGCACGAGUGAGCCGUCAACCGGCUUCCUUGUAUGUUCUCGAUAGACAUGCGUACGAUUCUUUUCUCGAUGAAACUUAAUCGUUACAUGUUCGUUUAGAACAAUUUUAUAAAACUUAAUUUAUUAAAUUUAACAAUUAAACCAUGUAUUUUUCAAAUUUGUUUAAUAUAAUUUUAGUGUGCUCAGUGCUCUCGGUCAUCUUCAUACCAAAUAUUGGAGGUUCGGAAGAUGGCAAGAAAUCUAAGAGCGCCAGAGCGUUGGAGACGCGAGACGCCGGAGGAGACGACGAUGCGGACGGUUUGGACCAAAGAGAUAAACUCGAGGACGAUGACGAGGAAACGACCAAAGUACCGCCGGGAUUUCUGAGUCCGUCCGUGAGGGAAUACUUGGAACUAGGAAGGUCGAUUCCAGGCAAGCCAGGCACGGACUACCCGGUACUGGCCGUGGUGCCGUACACCGACUUCUAUUGCGACGACCAACCGUACCCGGGCUUCUUCGCGGACGUGGACACCAGGUGCCAGGCCUGGCACUAUUGUGACAUCGACGGACGGCAGGCGUCGUUCCUGUGCCCGAACGGCACGCAGUUCAGCCAGGCCGUGUUCGUGUGCGACUGGUGGUUCAACGUGCGGUGCGAUCUCAGCAAGGAGCUGUACCACAUCAACGAGCGACUGUACCGGACCACGCCGCGACCGGACAGGCCGCACAGAGUGCUCACCAAGGAGCUGCUCGACCAGAUAUUCCUCUGAUCGGCCACCACACCAUUUAUAUACAUAUCAUAAUUGUGUUUAACGCCUAUAUAUAUAUAUAUAAGUACAGGAUUUACGAUUUAUACUUUUUAAAUACGCGAUAUAACAAGAAGUUCGCGGUUGUUCGAUUGAUAAGUAAACUAAGUGUAUCUAGAAGAUAUAAGGCAAAUUUAAAUGUAAUUUCCGUAAAUAAAACUGUCAAAUUUGUCAGAUGCCCCUCCCCCCAUGCAUCACACUCGGAGCGACGUCUUUACUCUCCGAAAUACUAUCGUUAUCUCAUUUAAAUAACGUAACAGUUUUUCUGAUAAUUUUUUUUAUGUACUUAUAUAUAAUUAUGCUCGUAAUUAUCCGAUAAUAGCUGAAACUAGAAAAGAUUAGGUAAGCGGCUUAUAUAAAUAAGCGCGUAAACGCUCAAUUUGGUUUUGCUCCCGCGUAAAAUUUUGAAAUAUAUAUACUAUAAAUCAAGUAAACUUUAGAAAGUGACCAUGGUGCCUGCGGCUUUAUACAGCAACCUGUCAACAGAACGUCCACUGCCACCGCAAACAUAUGAUGUUAUAAUAUCGAUAAUCGACAAGACCUUUGACGUACAUAUUUUCUAGAAAACCGCGUACGCCCAUAGCGAUAUCAUUUUUAUAGCCCGCGACCGUCACACGACUAAAACCGAAUAAAAUUUAAUUUGCACAUAUUUUUAUGUGCAUAAUACGCUAUAAUGCUAUAUAAUAGUGCAUUACACACCGCGGCGAGUGACCCCAUAUCGUGACGACAACCGCCCACCAAGCGAACGGCGGUUGACAUCCCAACCGGGGGGGUCCACGCCACUCAUAUCGCCUAUAUGUAAUAUACUAACAUGAUAUUAAAUGUCAGCUAUAGGUUCACGAAAUACUAUCACACUGCGACCGAGAUAAUAUUAUAAUUUUUGCAACCGAAAGUUUUAUACCUACAACUAAAAUAUUAUAAAAUAUAUUAUAUUGCAGGUCUGCAGGAGUCGACAAUAUUAUAUACACUACAUAAACACUCCGUUCGCGAUAAUCUUUCCAACUAGGUAUAAUAAUAUAAUACGAUCGGAAAAAAACUUACGAUCUGCGCGGUUCAUAAAAGAAUAUUGUUAUACGCACGUUAAAGAGAAUAAUCGUUUCAACUACAGACAGUACCUCUACAUGGACACACCACAUUAGUGUUGUAUGUAAAUCGGACGCUCGCGCAUACCGCGUUUGCAUCAUUUGUUGUACAAUAAGACGCGUACCUACUUACGUAUAUAUAAUACUAUUGUCUUAAGGUCACCGCUUGUAAAUAUAUUCGUUUUGUAGGCUACAGAAACUAUACAUGUGUAAAUAAUACAGCAACUACAUGCGUAAAUAAUUAUCGUCAUAUUUCUAAGCUAAUAACGAUUUCCAGAAUGAUUGCAUUUAAAUCGUUACAAUAUAAAUCUAUAUUCAUAUUAUACCUACUUAACAUAUUAUAUGGACGUUACACACAUUAUGUGCGCAAUUAUUGUUAGGUCGAUGACUAUAUUAUAAUUUAAUAUUUAUAACAUGUCAUAUUAUAUAUAUAUAUUUUUUUAAAUGUCUAUUAUCUAAUAGGAAAAUCGCCUUUCUAGAUAGGUGACAUAUUAUAUCUUUAUACAACUUGUUUUUUUUUUACCCCAUUUUAUAUAUAUUAACUAUACCAUAUUAUAUUUAUUAUUUAAGUACUUAAUUAAUAAUUUAAACGAGGAAUCCACCGAACACUAUAUUUUAAUGAGAAAUAUAAAUAUUUUUGUGAUUAUAUAUAGGAUGUUAUAAACAUAAUAUUUUAAAAUAUAUGUAUUUCAUAUAGGUAAAACAAUAAUUAAUACAUAUAAAACACAUUGUAUGAAAGAAUUUUCUUUUGUUUAUUCAAAACUAGAUAUUUAAAAAAAAGGUUAUUGCUGGGUAAAUGCUAAAUGCUAAAUAAAUUAUAAUCGACAGACAGAUAUAAUAGAUUUAAUCCCUACGAUAUUACACCAGAUUUUAGUGCAAUUAACAAUAUAUGAUUUAAUUAUUAUUAUAUUACGUAACUACAUGUCGAACAAAGUAUGUUAUUCAUUAUUCAAUAUAUCAAAAUAAUGUAUAAUGUAUCAAAUACAUGUUACACAAACAUACAACAUAUAAAAUGUUCAGUUAUUUAUUUAACAUUUAUGUAAUUAUAUUAUUACUUUAUUUAAAACGGCACAUUUUAAUCGAACGCACCACAAAUUGUAUAGUAUUUAAUAUGCUCAAAUAACAAUAACAUAGUUAUUAAUUUUUACUUGUAUAUUUUCUGUUAAACACGUACAAUUUAGAAAUAAUAUAUAGAUAAUUAUAGUUAGGUAUUUAAGAAUUAUGAUUAUUAAGCACCAACACACAUUUUUUGACUAUUUAAAAAAAACAUUAAAAUUCACUUAACAGAAAAGACGAUUGUAGGACAAUUUCUGAUUUUUGUUAAAAUAUACCUAACGGAAAUAUUAAAUCUUUUAUAUUUGUUUUUGAAAAGUAUACGAAGUUAUUUAAGUUUUCUUGAAACGUCAAGUAUUUAAGUUAUACAACAAAAUAAUAUAUUAUGUAACGUAAAGUAUUUUAUGUUUAAAUAUUAUAAUAUUAUUAUAUAAUAUACCUAAAUCAUAAUAAUAUCUGAAGUUCAAUAACUCAAUCGUAUUAUAAUCGGAGAUAAAUUUCAAAAAAAAAAAGUUAAUUACGUAGAUAAUUAUUAUUAGUGCAUGUAUAAAUCGAACAAAAAUUUAAUUUUUAAGUUUAUUAAACAAUAAUAUAUUGAACUUUCAAUAUUCGAAAUAUUUUAUUUUACAUUUUACAUUUUCACAUUUAUACAUUUUUUAAUUAGGCUUACAUAUAAGUCUAACCGUUUAAGAGUUAGGAUACAUAUAAUAAUGUAAUUUAACGAUUGAACUAAUAAAUUUAAUUUUAUAAGCAGAACGGGGUUUUUAAUGUUGAAAAAUUGUCAAAAGAUAGUAAAAUGUAACGCGAAAUUUGUUAUUUUCGGAGAUAAUUUGUUUUAAAACUAUGUUUAAGUACCUAAAAUUAUGCGAGGAUAGAAACAUCAAAUUUCAAUUAAAAUUGUAUUUAUUUUACUAUACUAAAUGUGAUCGAUUAUCCAUUUUCAGAAUAUUUGUGUACACUACCAUAGACAAUGCUGUGAACCAAAUUAUUAAAUACAUACUAUUAUAUAAUAUAACUAUUUUU